UCCGGGUCGUUCAUCAGAAAGGUGAAUGAGCGAGCCGGUGAAACGUCAGGCUUGCGCCAGAGACGGAGCUGCUCGUCUCAUGUUGAAACACCGCGGGGUCGUUUACAGGCUGCGAACUUCGUGUCGUGGCCCAGCUGGACAGCUCGCAGACAAAGAAAGCUACUUAUCCGCCGUGGACACCGCCAGUGCCCUGGCAACCUGUCAGUGUCAGGAUGGCUGUCAAUAAAUCCAAAGUCUCAGUCGGAUUCAUAGUCGUAGGAGUCCUGGCUGCGUUUUUCGGGACCGUUCUGGUUUUUGUGGGGCCAGUAGUCAUCAAUGACCAGGUAGUAAAGAACACCAUCAUUGAUCCAAAGAAUGACCUCUCCUACACCAUGUGGAAGGACCUCCCUGUGCCCUUCUUCAUGUCCAUCUACUUUUUUCAUGUCCUCAACCCUGAGGAGAUCCUGAACGGAGAAAAGCCCAUGGUGGAGCAGAGAGGACCGUAUGUGUACAGAAAGCAGUGUCGGAAGGAAAACAUCACUUUUCACCCCAACAACACCGUGUCCUACAGAGAAUACCGCAGAUACUUCUUUGACCGCUCCAUGUCUGUUGGGAAUGAGUCUGACGUCGUCACCAUUCCCAACAUGUUGGUGCUGGGCGCAGCGGUGAUGCUGGAGGACCUGCCCUAUGCCGUGCGGCUGUUGAUCAGCGCCACCUUCAAGACGUUCAAGGAAGGUCCUUUCCUGACCAAGACGGUGGAAGAGCUGAUGUGGGGCUACGACAGCAAACUGGUCGAGUUCCUCAACAAGUACCUGCCGGGCAUGCUGCCGUCCACAGGAAAGUUUGGCCUUUUUGCACAGUUUAAUAACUCCAAUACUGGUCUAUUCACCAUCCACACCGGGAGAGAUGACAUCAGAAACGUCCACAAGGUCGACUCCUGGAAUGGCCUCACUGAGCUGAGCUACUGGAGGACACCUCAGUGUAACAUGAUCAAUGGAACAGCUGGGCAGCUGUGGCCUCCUUUUAUGACAAAAGAGACCACUCUACCUUUCUACAGCCCAGACGCCUGCAGAUCUCUGGAGCUUGUGUAUCAGCGAUCAGGCGUGAUGAACGGCAUCCCUCUGUAUCGAUAUGUCGCUCCUAAGACCAUGUUCGCGAAUGGGACGGAUUAUCCUCCAAAUGAAGGCUUCUGCCCCUGCAGGCAGUCUGGACUGCUCAACGUCAGUAGCUGCCGCUACAACUCUCCAGUCUUCAUCUCUCAUCCUCACUUCUUUAAUGCUGAUCCUGUGCUGCUGGACUACGUGCUGGGUCUUCACCCCACUGAGGAGGAGCACGGCCUUUUCAUUGACAUUCACCCUCUCACAGGUGUCCCUCUGAAUGUGUCCAUACGCCUCCAGCUUAACCUCUACAUGAAGAGAGUAUCAGGAAUUACAGAAACUGGAAAGAUUUCUGAGGUGGUGAUGCCCCUGCUGUGGUUUGAGGAGAACGGAUACAUUGAUGGACCGAUCCUCACUACAUUCCACACUAACCUGGUUAUUCUCCCUGCUGUCAUGGAGUACAUACAGUACAUCUUCAUAGCCCUCGGCCUGCUCACCACCAUAGUGGCCGUCCUGGUGUACUACAAAGUCAAAAGAAAGACGUGCGAAGGAGACGUCUUACCGAGGACAAACACGAGCACUUCAACUCAUGAACAAACCCCUCUGCUUCAAGACAAGCAACGCUGACAUACUCCCUCCUCAAAAAAAAAAAAAAAAUGUACUGACCCAGCUGCUCAGAAUAUGGAACAAGAUGCACAACGCCAUAUUACACCAGAAGGUUUACAAAACACUCAGCCAAAGAUGGUCUCUGACCUCUUAAGCUGUUUUAAAUAUGCAGAUUUCCCACAGCUAAAAUCAGCUAUUUUAUUUUCUUAUCAUUUCAUCAUCACCGACAGCAGUGGAGAGAAACUGCAGUGAUUUUAGUUGGGAUUUAGAAAAAAGCUUUAGCUUUGACUACAAGGGAGCUAAUUAACAUUUUUUUAGCCAGAUGUUUUGUAUUUUAACCACAAAUGUGCCUUCAUCAUGGGAAUUUAUUGAGUGCAGUUGAUCUCCUGUGCUGUUGCGUUCUGUUUACACUGAGGAAUCUGGAGAUGAAACUGAGCUCGUUUUUAACCAUCAGCACAGUUUUGCACAUACAGCCGUGACAAUCAUCGAGUGGAGCAGAGGAGACGCACUCCUUGUUAUGUACUACUGUCUUCUGUUGGAGUUUAAAUGUAUAUGUUCGGGACAAUGCAGAUAACGCUGUUUGAUGUCUGGCACACGUUUAUUGUGUUUAAAUAAUAAUAAAAAAAAAGAAUAAAAGAGUAUGAAAUAAGAGUAAUAGAAAUGUACUGAUGUUUGACAUCAGUUCAGACUAAAGUUCUCAGAGAUCUUCAGUCUCUCUCUACCUUCUCAUUUUCAGUUGAUGUUAAUUUGUACUGUCUUUUUUCAUUGUGGAAGGAAUAAAUGUGAAUAAAUCACCUGAAUAAAGAUUUUGAAGAAUUUGU